AUGGCAUGCUGGUCGCGGAGCGUCCUGCUGUGGCUGCUGGCGGGUGCCUGUGGCCUGGCUUUGCUCGGCUAUUGCGUCUACUUCGACCGAAAACGGCGGAACACCGCAGACUUCAAACGGAGGCUGAGAGAAAGUAUGGAUGUAUGUGAAUUAUAUGCUCCUUUCCUCCAGAAGCUCAAGUUACGCAAACUAAAAGAAUCUGAAGAAGUACAAGAGUUCUUUCUGCAGGAGAUACAGCUAGGGGAACUCUGGUUGACAAAAGGAGAGCAGAAGAAGAGCGUUGAUCACCUCAUCAAUGCCAUUUCUGUGUGCGCACAGCCAAACCAGCUAAUACAAGUCUUGGAGCAAACUCUACCUCCCCAAGUAUUUGAAAUGCUUGUGCGCAGUAUUCCAUAUACUAUUCAACGAUUUGAGACAGCUGUGAGCCAGCAGAAUGCUGGAGAUGAGUGAGAAUGCAGCAUCACACAAGGCUUUUCUUAA